AUGCUAUCGUGGAAAAUUGGAUGCGGGAGCUUCAUCAACGCACUUCGGACAAGCAAGAGAGGAGCUAGCCAUCAAUCCUGGGCCCUUCCCUCGAAGCGAUGGCUCACAGACUCGGCGAACGCGUCGCAUCCCAAAACCAUCUUCUCUGGCAUUCAACCUACAGGCGUUCCGCAUCUGGGAAACUACCUAGGAGCACUACAGCGAUGGGUCCAACUCCAAAAUGAAGCAGCCCAAGACACGACCUUGAUCUACUCCCUCGUCGAUCUACACGCCAUUACCAUCCGCCAGGACCCUAAGCAGCUUCGACAUUGGAAGAGCGACAGCCUCGCGAUGCUUCUGGCUGUUGGCUUGGAUCCAAAUCGCAGCAUCAUCUUUCACCAAAGCGAUGUGCCCGCUCAUUCCGAGUUAAUGUGGAUUCUAUCGUGUCAGGCCAGUACAGGUUAUCUUGGUCGGAUGACCCAGUGGAAAGACAAGACUUCGAACGAGAAAGAGAAUAGCGAGAGGCUUAAAUUGGGGCUGUUCUCCUACCCGGUGUUGCAGGCUGCCGACGUCCUUGUUCACCGUGCCACGCAUGUCCCCGUUGGCCAUGACCAGGCUCAGCACCUUGAGUUCGCCCGAGAUUUGGCGGUCGGAUUCAACCACACUUAUGGUGCUGGGACAUUGGUGGUACCCGAGACUCUGAUCAGCCCGGCCAAGCGAGUCAUGUCUCUCACGCGACCAGCAACGAAGAUGUCGAAGAGUGAUUCGAACGACAAGUCGCGUAUCAUGCUCACCGACACGAGAGACGAGAUUUUCAAGAAGAUCAAAGCCGCAGUCACCGAUUCAGAAACAUCGUCCAUCACUUAUGAGCCGGAGAGCAGACCGGGUGUGAGCAAUCUGCUUGACAUACUGUAUCACUGCACGACCGCAUCUUCAUACCAAGACCAGAAUGAGCUCGCUCGGGACAUGGAAUCGAUGUCGUUCAAGGCCUUGAAGGGAAGAGUUGCGGAGAAGGUCGAUGAGACUGUUCAUCCGAUCCGAGAGCGCUACAGUCAGAUCAGAUCUGACGAAAAGAUGCUGGACGAUGUCGCUGCUCGGGGCGCUCAAAGGGCUACUGAGAGCGCCGCGGUGACGCUCAAGGCCGUCAAGCAGGUCGUUGGUUUGAGUUGA